CAAACACGUGUGAUGUGGGGCAGCGAGGAGGAACUGUGCAUCUCCGCAUGGGAACGGGGAUUUGAUGCCCCACAGAAACGGAGGGGCGGCACGCUGGCACUUUCAUCCCAGCCGCCGCAGGGCACCUGCUUUUUGAUCUCGGUAGAUGGAAAUAUCUUGUUUAAAAUAACGAGUUCGCAUAGGGAGGAUCUUUUUUACUCGCGUGUCUCUCUGCGGUCCCUUUAGGUAGCUGCGGUGCCAUCGCUCCCUUGUGCGCGCCGGUAAGGAACGGGAGGAAGGGCGGCAGCCGGGAAGCGCUGGCUCCGCCAGUGGGCGUUCUCUGGCGGCCGGGCCGCGGCUGGAAGCGGCACUGCGGUGGUUUCAUCUGCCUCUUUGCAGGCAAGCACGGACAUUCGGGGCAGUAUUUUGCCCCGCUCGAAGAAAAUACAGAUCGUUGCCGGUUUCUUGCUUUGAAUGAGAGGUGGGAGCAUGAGGAAAACCAGACUUUGAAAGGGGAUCCGAACCGCUUGGCGGUCAGUAGCGCCCUGUCCCCUCCGGCCUAAAGGGGGAACGGAAAUGUGAGCAUUCCGUGCGUGCCGGGAGACGGGACGCGAAGGAAAUACUGUCCGCAGGUCGCUGGAGGGAACCGAAGACCGAACCGCCGUUGGUUUUGUCUGGCGCCGUCUUUCUUCGGCUUUCCCUUUCGCUUUACUCCGGUAUCUCUCCUAGACGUCCUGCCUUAAACUACUGCGAAAGGGAGGGAAGAGCGGAAGCAUGUCCAACCCGGAGAAGCGGAUCAUAUCCCGCCCCUCGGCCCCCCUGGCUGCAGCACCCGGGGAAAAGCCCGGCUCCGGCAGCCACCCGCUCCACUCCCAUGGACAGAGCGGCGGAGGUGGAGGCAGCGGCGGGUCUCCUCCUCCCCCCGCUCCUGGAGGCAGCUCGGCUGCCUGCAGCUCCCUCUUUCUCCUCCUAACAACCACCAGCAGCAGCAGAAGCCGCGCUGCAGGGACAGCCUCCUCCGCCGCCAACGCCAGCAUCGUCCCCAGAGCAGCAGCGGCUCCUUUCCUCGCUCCAGUCCCCUCCUUUUCCUCCGCUUCUCCAUUUUCCUUUUACUUCUUGCCGCCGCCUCCUCAUUUCCCCUCCUUGUCUUCCUUUAACCUCACAAGUCUCCAAGGGAGGGAAGGAGGAGGAGAGGCAACAAGAGCGGCAGGAGGAGGAGGAGGAGGAAGAGAUGUUGGCGGAGCAGCAGCAGCUCACUUGAUCGCCCAUCCAGGCGGCAGCGGCAGGAGGAGACUCUUCUGUUCUUCCUCCAUCCAGGGCUUGCUGCUCCGUUCCGCAGCCGGCGGCCCCCGGCAGCACCACUCCCGGCUCCUCCUCUCUCCAGCCGCCUCUCCCCCGUGGUCCUACAAUUCCCUCGGUGCUGCAGCAGCAGCAGCAGCCCGCGGCGACGGGAUCCGAGGCGGUGACGGCCCCGGCGGGAACAGGACUCCUAGGCGGCAGCAGCGGCAGAGAGGCGCCUUCUUCUCCUUCUCGUCUCCCCUGCUCCUAGGGCCAGACAUGGAAGAUGGAUCUAAUUCUACAAGCUGCUUUAGGAGGUUUACGGACUGUUUCUUGAACACAAGUUUAACAGAUGAAAAAGUGAAGGCAUAUCUUUCUCUUCACCCCCAGGUACUGGAUGAGUUUGUCUCGGAAAGUGUUAGUGCGGAAACUGUAGAAAAAUGGCUAAAAAGGAAAAAUAACAGACAGGAAGAUGAAACGACUCCUAAAGAAGUCAGCAGGUACCAAGAUACAAAUAUGCAAGGUGUAGUGUAUGAAUUGAACAGCUACAUAGAACAGCGCCUGGAUACAGGAGGGGAUAAUCAGCUACUUCUGUAUGAAUUGAGCAGCAUCAUAAAAAUAGCUACGAAAGCUGAUGGAUUUGCACUAUAUUUCCUGGGAGAAUGCAAUAAUAGUCUGUGUGUAUUUACACCACCAGGAGCUAAAGAAGGACAACCACGGCUCAUUCCUGCAGGGCCCAUUGCACAUGGCACUACAGUAUCUGCUUAUGUAGCCAGAUCCAGAAAAACGUUGCUAGUAGAAGAUAUUCUGGGGGAUGAGCGAUUUCCCAAAGGUACUGGACUGGAAUCAGGGACACGUAUCCAAUCUGUUCUGUGUUUGCCAAUUGUCACUGCAAUUGGUGAUCUAAUUGGUAUCCUGGAGCUUUACCGUCACUGGGGCAAAGAAGCCUUCCACCUUAGUCACCAAGAGGUUGCAACAGCAAAUCUUGCAUGGGCUUCAGUAGCAAUACAUCAAGUACAAGUGUGCCGGGGGCUGGCCAAGCAGACUGAACUGAAUGACUUCUUGCUUGAUGUAUCAAAAACAUAUUUUGAUAAUAUAGUUGCAAUAGAUUCUCUACUUGAACAUAUAAUGAUAUAUGCAAAAAACCUGGUGAAUGCAGAUAGGUGUGCACUCUUCCAGGUUGACCACAAAAAUAAGGAGCUGUAUUCAGACCUUUUUGAUAUUGGAGAAGAAAAUGAUGGGAAACCUGUCUUCAAGAAGACCAAAGAAAUAAGAUUUUCUAUAGAAAAAGGAAUUGCUGGUCAAGUGGCAAGAACUGGAGAAGUCCUUAACAUCCCUGAUGCCUAUGCAGAUCCACGCUUUAACAGAGAAGUAGACCUCUACACAGGCUACACAACCAGAAAUAUCCUGUGCAUGCCUAUUGUAAGCCGAGGAAGUGUAAUAGGUGUUGUGCAGAUGGUGAACAAAAUAAGUGGAAGUGCCUUCUCUAAAACUGAUGAGAACAACUUUAAAAUGUUUGCAGUCUUUUGUGCUUUAGCCUUACACUGUGCUAAUAUGUACCACAGAAUUCGCCAUUCAGAGUGUAUUUAUCGUGUAACGAUGGAGAAGCUAUCCUACCACAGUGUUUGUACAGCAGAAGAGUGGCAAAACCUCAUGCAAUGUACACUGCCCCCACAUAUUUGUAAAGAAAUUGAACUAUACCACUUUGAUAUCAGUCCAUAUGAGGACGUCUGGCCUGCCAUUUUUGUCUACAUGGUUCACCAGUCCUGUGGGACAGCCUGCUUUGAACUUGAAAAACUGUGCCGAUUUACUAUGUCUGUAAAGAAGAAUUAUCGCCGUGUGCCCUACCACAACUGGAAACACGCAGUUACUGUUGCACAUUGCAUGUACGCCAUACUUCAGAACAACCAGGGACUUUUCACUGAUCUAGAGCGAAAAGGUCUUUUAGUUGCAUGCCUGUGUCAUGACCUGGAUCACAGAGGUUACAGCAACAGCUAUCUUCAGAAAUUUGAUCACCCCUUAGCUGCUCUGUAUUCCACGUCAACAAUGGAACAGCACCACUUCUCACAGACUGUGUCCAUCCUGCAGCUGGAAGGGCACAAUGUCUUCUCCAAUCUGAGCUCCAGUGAAUAUGAGCAAGUACUUGAGAUCAUCAGGAAAGCCAUCAUUGCCACAGACCUUGCCCUAUAUUUUGGAAAUAGAAAACAGCUUGAAGAGCUGCAUCAGACGGGAGCAUUAAACCUUAAGAACCAAGCACACAGAGAUAGAGUGAUUGGUCUGAUGAUGACGGCUUGUGAUCUGUGUUCUGUAACAAAGUUAUGGCCAGUUACCAGGCUGACAGCCAAUGAUAUAUAUGCGGAGUUCUGGGCUGAGGGUGAUGAAAUGAAGAAAACGGGUAUUCAACCUAUUCCUAUGAUGGACAGAGACAAAAAGGAUGAAGUCCCUCAGGGUCAGAUUGGGUUCUACAAUGCAGUAGCUAUCCCAUGUUACACUACACUUGCACAGAUCUUUCCUCCAACUGGGCCACUGCUGCGAGCAUGCAGGGACAAUCUCAACCAAUGGGAGAAAGUAACAAGAGGUGAGGAAGCCUUUAUAUGGAUUCCUUCCCAGUCCCUUCCUCCUGGGACCUCAGAUUCACUUCCUGUGAAGAUUGAUGACUGAACAGCAGCAACAAAUAGCUUUAACCUGAAAAACAUCCCUUCUUGUUUUGGGGAUUGCUUUUUGUUUUGUUUCAUUUUUAUUUGAAAAAAAAAAACGGAAAAAGAAAAAGGAAAAAGAAAAGCUACAAAAGGUUAACUAAGAGGCAGAUCUGCCUAGGAAGGUAACACCCAUGGAGUUACCUCAGCUAAAUGACUCUGGCAGCCAGUCUCCUCACCUACACCAGUGACACAACAUGAACAGAGGGAAAACAACAACCCAGAAGUUUUGGAGUCAGCUAUCAAAAGAGAACUUACAACUUGUGAAUAUAAAAGACUGGCCUUAUCUCAUGGGCUACCUUGCUGAGGCCUUAAUUUAAAACUGAUGGGGGGGUGCGGGGUGGGGAAAUCUUAGGGGGUACUUCUAAAUUGUAUCUUUCUAGUAAGGGUUUCAAUGGUACUUUUAUUAUACUGUACUGUGGCUGGCUUUAACACCAGUGUCACUUGGGAGUUCUUGGCUAUAAAUAGAACAAUAUACCCAUUGCUAUUGUGAAUGUUUAUGUGUGAUCUACUUGUAAUCAGUUUGAACUCCAGCAGAAUCCUUGGAGACUAUAAUUCAUGCUUAGGUUACAGUGAAUUCUCUUGCUGCAAACUAAAGGAAAACCAACAUUCAGGUUAAAGUUUUAAAGUAUUUCAUUAAGCAUCAAGCAUCAUGAUGCAAAUUGUCUGUUACUGACAAGGCAAACAUUGAAAGAACUGGUGAUGGUGCUUUGUUCUUCCGAAUGAUUUGUAAACCUAAACAGCUCCUUUCUUAAAACACUGGAAGUAUUGGAUAUGAGAGUUUCAAGGUGGAGGUUUUGUAUCCGUAGUGACAGAAGCAUCAGAUUAAAAUUUAAAUGUGACAGCAAAGAUUUCCUUGCCUAGCUCACAAUUAAGUAGUCAUCAUCUUUAUUUCUACCUGCUGAGUUGUAUUUGAAAAGGUAUUAGAGACAUACCUGAAGUAUGCUAUCUGCUGGGAGCAAAAGCCUUGUCAGAAAAAUCAGGUCUGAUAAGAGAGGUGUGGUACCAUCACAAUAAAUCAAAAAAUGUUUGCGUAUUGACUAGCUUUUGUGUUGCACAGUAACACUGUAUGUCUUCUACUGCUCUAUUCCCCCAUCCGGAGAUGAGUGAAAUUAAGAAACAUCUCCAUUUGUCUGUUUGCUUUUUCCCCCUAGUUCAGCAAAAUUUCCAGGAUUAGAAUUGCCUUUCUUAGAGGAAGAAUAGCUGACUGAAGAAAAGUAAAAUAGUGUGUUUACAGUUCUGUGCUGACAGGUAGGCUUCAGCCUUACAAACUUCUGCACAGGCUUUAAGACCUUACAUUUAAUGCCACUCUUUUCAAUUUAGUGCAAUUGUACAGAGUAUGUUUCAACAACACUUAAUAUGCCUUCAUCUUUUUCUUAAAAAUAAGGAGAAAAAAAAAAUCUUUGUAUUAAUCCACAUGGUAGGUGACAAACACAGUCUUUGUAAACCUUUCACAUACAGCCUAUACUAUAUGCUUUUUUUCACAGAAAAUACACUCUUGUUGUGGCUUCAUGAGAACAUGGCCAUUUGUGUAACUCCAACAGAUAGUAGUGAUUUUAAAGACAGAACAUAGAUUCUGUUUUCCAUCUUGUGUUUGUUGAGCUGUUUUGCUCUAAGCAUGCCAUCUUAUGGGUUUCAUGUAAAUGACUUGGAUUCUUGAGUUUUGCCUUCUGUUAUGGUCGAGCACAUACCAGUAUCUGUACAUGUGUGCAGUAUGUGAUAGAUAAUCUCAUCAUGUAUUAAGUGCACUGGAGCCUUUGCAUAGAUACUCUAGAGGUUAAGAAUUUAAUAUGAAGUUAUUUUAGUUAUAUGAUACACAUUAUUCAGCAGCAGCCCCAUAAUUUUUUUUCCAGAUUGCUUUACCAAUUCUGAGUGCAAGAAAUUUGUUAUUGACCACAGCAAACUAUUUUGGGGAAAAAAAACCAAAA